AUGGCUCCUCAUGCCAGGCUGGCCAUCUACAAAGCUUGCUGGAGAGACGGUUGCGAUUCGAACGACAUCGCUACUUUUAUGGAACAAGCCAUUGCUGAUGGCGUCGACAUCAUUUCUAUCUCAUUAACCUCAGAAGAUGUGCCAUUCCAUGAGAGUCUCAGCGCCAUAGCCGCGUUCGGGGUGACAGAAAAGGGAGUAUUUGUUUCUGCCGCGGCAGGCAACGAUGGACCAGAUGUUCAUACUCAGAGUAACACAGCGCCAUGGAUUACAACCAUAGAGCAGCAUCACUUAUCAACAGAGAUAUUGAGAGGCACCUCCAUCUUCAAAGGAGAUGGAAAAUUGCAAGGGCCAUUCCCUCUCGUAUAUGUCUCCGCCAGCAACAGCUCAAAGCGUUGUCUUGAUGGCAGCCUCGACCCCAACGUGGUAAAAGGUAAGAUAGUUCUGUGGGAUAAGUUGUUAUAUGUAAGUAAUGGAGGUGCCGACGAAGUCGCUAGAGCAGGAGGUGCAGGCGUUAUUUUGGCCAAUGGUGAGCUCCUCGGAGCAGAGCAGCUGCUUACCAGCCCAAAUAGUCUGCCGGCUAUCAGCGUGAGCUUUUCAGCUGGAGAGAAAAUCAAAUCCUACAUCAAUUCAAGGCUGAACAACGUCACGGCUACCAUGCGUCUCCCAGGAUUGAUUAUCGUGGGGAAUGCAACCCCCGCUCCCACUGUGGCUUCUUUUUCGUCCAGGGGCCCGAGCGAAGCAUAUCCCUCUGUUCUCAAGCCUGAUAUCGUUGCUCCCGGUAGGUUCAUAUUGGCAGCAGGCGUGGGAGGAGCUGCAAUCUAUGAGUUACGGUCCGGGACGUCGAUGGCAUGUCCCCACAUCAGCGGAAUUGCAGCGCUCAUAAAAGCCAUCCAUCCCACAUGGAGCCCAGCCGCCAUCAGAUCAGCGCUCAUGACGUUUUCCUACACCGUGGAUAAUCAGGGGAAGGCUAUCAAAGAUUCAGUUACAAUGGAGGCAGCCGACUCAUUUGAUAUGGGUGCAGGCCAUGUGGACCCAAGGGCUGCUCUAGAUCCUGGGCUUGUCUACAACAUGGCACCGCAAGAUUAUAUAGAUUUUCUCUGCUCGCUCAAUUACACCAGACGACAAAUUUCUCUUCUCACAAAGGAUCCAGUUUCCUGUCCCAAAUCCAAUUUGGAAGCCGCAGAUCUCAACUAUCCAUCGUUUUCUAUUGUGUUCAAGCCGGGCAACAAUUCGAUCAAGGUGAGCAGAAGAAGUUGA